AUGUUUUGCUCCAAGGUCUCUGCCAAUGGCUCUGUUGCUAAUGGGAACCACGGCUCGACCACCAUGCUGACGAGCCCCUGCCAUCAGAGCCCUAAAACGAAGAUCGUUUGCACGCUGGGCCCUUCGUCCCGCUCGGUGGAGACCUUAGAGGAGCUUCUCAGGGCUGGCAUGAGCGUUGCCCGAUUCAACUUCUCCCACGGCACCCACGCCUACCAUCAGGAGACACUCGACAACCUCCGUGCAGCCAUACGCAACACCGGUAUCCUUUGCGCCGUCAUGCUGGACACCAAGGGUCCCGAGAUACGUACGGGUUUUCUUAAGGAAGGGAAGCCGGUUCAGCUUCAGCAGGGUCAAGAAAUCACCAUAACGACCAACUACGACAUCAAGGGGGACGAGCAAAUGAUCUCGAUGAGCUACAAGAAGCUAGCCGAGGACCUGCAGCCACAAAGCACCAUAUUGUGCUCUGACGGAACAAUAUCCCUCACUGUCCUCGAGUGCAAUAGGGAUCAAGGGCUUGUCCGUUGCCGUUGUGAGAAUACGGCGGUCUUGGGCGAGCGAAAAAAUGUCAAUCUCCCGGGAGUUGUUGUGGACCUGCCCACGCUGACCGACAAGGACAAAAAAGAUAUUUUGGAGUGGGGCAUUCCUAACAAGAUUGACAUUAUCGCCCUCUCGUUUGUUCGCAAGGGCUCUGACCUUGCUGCCGUCCGAAAGUUGCUUGGUGAACAUGCCAAGUCUGUAGUACUCAUGUCAAAGGUCGAGAACCAAGAAGGGGUGUCAAAUCUGGAUGAGAUCGUUGCCAGCUCGGACGCAUUCAUGGUGGCAAGGGGCGACCUUGGGAUGGAAAUCCCGAUCGAGAAGAUAUUCCUGGCUCAGAAGACGAUGAUCGAGAAGUGCAACAAGCAGGGGAAGCCCGUGGUCACGGCCACACAGAUGCUCGAGUCAAUGAUCAAAUCCCCACGGCCCACACGAGCGGAGGCUACCGAUGUGGCCAACGCUGUUCUCGACGGCACAGACUGCGUCAUGCUGAGUGGCGAGACGGCUGCCGGGGCCCACCCAGUGGAGGCUGUCCGAACGAUGGCUCGGAUUUGUGCGGAGGCCGAGAACUAUCUCGAUUACGACCGGGUUUUUCAGAAGGCUGUGGCUGGCGCCACUCCUGUGGUGCAGCCUGAGGAAAGUCUAGCCUGUGGUGCAGUGCAGGCAGCGAGGUCGGCCAGGGCAGCCCUGAUUGUGGUGCUGGGCGACGGGACCUAUGUGGCCAAGCUUGUGUCUAAGUACAGGCCCCGUGUGCCGAUUGUUUCAGUGGUAGAAGGGGGUGAGAGGGAGGUUCGGGCUGGACACGGGCUGAUUUCACGUGGGGUUAUUCCGGUGGUGCUUGGUUGUGAAGGUUUGAGUGUUGAGGAGGUGCGGGGAUUGGCCUUGAAAGAAGCCAAGCGUAUGGGUCUGUGCCGGUCUGGGGACUUAGCUGUGGUGGUGCAGCACAGUGGAUGUUGUAGCUCAAAUCAAAUAUUGUGGAUCGACUGA